AUGCUUCUCCACUACACAAUCUUUCCAUUUCCUUGUGCAGAAAAAAAAAAAAGGAAAAAGCUUCAUCAUCUGCAACUCUCUUUAUCACUCACCACGAAAACAGCCAUGGUUGAAUCAACUCCUCCUCUACUCCAUGACUAUGGCCAACUUCUGGUCCACUCCGGCCAGGACUGCGCUGCUCGGCGCAGCAAUAUCUUCAGCCCUGAGGUGGUCAUGGCGGAAUGUGAGCUGCCAUUGAUAGACCUCAGAGGUUUAAGGAGUGGUGAUGAAAGGGAGAGGGCUGGUUGUGCUGCCGCCAUCUGCAGAGCCUCCUCAGAGUGGGGAUUCUUCCAGGUGAUCAACCAUGGCAUAAGCCCUGAACUCCUCAGGAGGAUGAGGAGGGAGCAGGUGAAGCUGUUUCACGCACCUUUUGAGAGGAAGGCCACCUGUGGGCUCUUGAACAACUCUUACAGGUGGGGGAGCCCCAGGGCGACUUCUCCCAAACAAUUCUCAUGGUCUGAGGCUUUCCACAUUCCCCUAGCAAAGAUCUCAGAGGAAGCCUGUUAUGGAGAGUUCAGCUCUCUGAGGGGGGUGAUGGAGGAAUAUGCAGCUUCAAUGCAAGGGCUAGCAAGGCUGCUGGCAGGGGUUCUGGCGCAGAACUUGGGACACCAGAAGGGGGUCUUCGAAGAAAGCUGUGAUGAAAGCACCUGCUUCCUCCGGUUAAACCGCUACCCGGCGUGCCCGAUAUCGCCCGAGAUCUGCGGCCUGGUGCCCCACACUGACAGUGAUUUCCUAACAAUCCUUCACCAAGAUGAAGUGGGCGGACUUCAGCUCAUGAAGGACUCCAAAUGGGUGGCUGUCAAACCCAACCCAGAAGCUCUUAUUGUCAACAUCGGAGAUCUUUUUCAGGCAUGGAGCAAUGAUGCUUAUAAGAGUGUGGAGCAUAAGGUGAUGGCCAAUGCUAAGGUCGGGAGGUACUCAAUAGCCUACUUCUUAUGCCCUUCUUAUGAGUCUUCGAUUGGGAGUUGCAAAGAACCAUCAAUUUAUAGAAAAUUCACGUUUGGAGAAUACAGAGAACAAAUUCAACAAGAUGUCAAGAUGACCGGCCAUAAAGUAGGCCUUAGAAGAUUUCUUCUUAAUUGGUAGAAGCAAUGUCGGGAGUGGUUGGAGAAGAAGAAAGAUCAAGACAGACUCAGCUACCCUAAAUCUUUAGGACACACCAUCUUCUAUUUCCAAUUAUACUGUCAUAUACACCCUUUGAAUUUCCCCAAAUCCCAACAUGUAUGAGAGAUUAGCAAACAGUAAGAGUGGUUCCUGUGGAGAAAAACUUAAUUUUAUAAGUUGCACAGAAUCUGAAGGUUUUGUAUUACCAUGUACCAAAAUCAGUGAUAAAUAAAUAAAUGAUAGCUCCUUCCUCUA